UCGUAAACCACACCCUUAACGAGGAUAAUAAAAACGUUGCUGUAGAGGGUGAUAGAGAAUUUUUUUAUCUGCCCGAUGUCGAGGCCAGUAUCGAGAACAGUUACCGUCGCUCGAUACAACAUUGUCACGUUCCAUCGACAACGUGGAGGUGAUUUAGAAGAGUACUCACAAACGACGAUGAUCGUUUGUUAAAUGAUCCUCCUCCUCUUCCUCCACCAGUGGAUUUAUUUUAUUAUUUUCUUUAAAUAAUAAAGAGAUAUCAAUUUACCAAAACCCGUUCUCCGCUCUUGACUGUGAUCAACAUGUCAAAGAUUAACACACUCGAUAUUUCGAUAUUCGCAUACUCGAAGAGUAAGAAUCAGGGGAGGAAGAAACGGAGCGGAUAGGAGAGAAAUAGGAAAAAAAAGAAAAAAAGAAUCCAGCAAGGAUGCGGCCAUCCCUCGAGAUGCGAUGCCUCGCCACGUACACUACGAGGAUACCCGGCACUUGAACGCGACCCUUCUACACCUGAGCCAUCUGAUUCGUCGUAUAUCAACCAUGAAUAGAUUGAACGCUAGCUUCUGGAACAGUUUGAACAUCACGGACGAGGAUAUAGAUUACGUGAACAAGUUCAUGGAUAAUCUAUCGAUUUCGUGCAACGACAAUUGCGAGCAACAGAUCGGUUGCUACUGCAACGGGACCGUUCGGGAUCUGGCGAUCGAGUACAAGAAUUAUCACGGUUACGUUGCGUUGAUGGUGUGCUUGUUCGGUACGUUGGCCAACAUGCUGAACAUAAUCGUGUUAACGAGGAAAGACAUGGUCGCAACUCCCAUAAACCGAAUUCUCACGGGUCUCGCGACCGCCGACAUGCUCGUCAUGCUGGAAUACAUACCGUUCGCUAUUUACAUGUACAUCGUGCUCCCAAAGAGGCAGAUAUUUCCUUACGGGUGGGCGGUGUUCGUCCUCUUCCACAUGCAUUUCACGCAAUUGCUCCACACCAUCAGCAUCGCCAUCACGCUCACCCUCGCUGUUUGGAGGUACAUCGCUAUCAGAUUUCCACAGUACAAUACCUGGUGUACCGCAGCUCGAUGCAAAAUAGCUCUAUGGAGCAGCUUUUUAGCGCCAUUUAUUGCCUGUGCUCCUAGUUAUCUCGUAUUUGGAAUAAGAAAACAAACUGUAAACGAAAAUGGCAUCCUGGAAAUCGCGUACAUAGUCGAUGCCGACUACUCCCAGCACAAGGACUUCUUCUACCAAUUAAAUUUCUGGAUACUAGGGGUGGUCGUAAAACUUUUACCCUGCGUCAUUCUCACCGUUAUUAGCUGCUGGUUGAUAAAAGCUCUUUACAGAGCGAAAGGGAGGAAGCAGGCUUUGAAGAGUUACAACCAAUGCAAAAACAUCGCUGUAAUGGGUAACGGUUUGAUCCCAAAAAGGCCGAGCAAAUCCGAGAGGAGAGCGGAUAGGACGACAAAGAUGCUCGUCGCCGUGUUACUUCUAUUCCUGGUCACGGAGAUACCUCAGGGUAUUCUGGGCCUUCUAUCAGGUGUUCUAGGCGAUUGCUUCUUCCGUAAUUGCUACCAUAAUUUCGGCGAGGUGAUGGACAUCCUCGCCUUGUUAAAUGGCGCCAUCAAUUUCAUCCUCUAUUGCUCCAUGUCCAGGCAAUUCCGUACCACUUUCGGCCAGCUGUUCAAACCGAGGAUCAUGAAGAAAUGGCAACCUGCCACGCAACAAACGGACGUGCAAAGCACUUACGUAUGAUGCAGGCUGAAAGGUCUAGAGACCACGCGUCUUUAGAGAUAUUUAGAGUAGUGUUACAUCUCUCUUCGGUAAUUUUUAAUCUUAUCCUUGGAAAUUGGUAUUAUGGCGUUACGGUAGCGUAUAUUACGUAAUAGAGAAUGAUGGAGAUGGAAAUGUAAAUCUGCAUCAUACACGGUAGAUAAUAGAGUGGAGUAUAAAUUUUUUCCUCGCGUAUAAUGUGAUUCACCUCGAAUGGUGUUCAUAAUAUAGUACAUUUUUAAUAUCUCACCUCUAAGAGGAAGAUCGAAUUGAUUGAUUUGCCGUUUCGAACUCCACCUUGUUGCUUGAUAUUGUCGAAAUCACGUAAUUUUUGCAAAUGCGUAAAGAAGAAUAAUAACGAAAAAUAUCGAAUUAUAUUAAUCUUCUUCGCGUUUCAUUUUAUCGUGUUUCUCAAAUACAAUUAAAUUUAGUAAUUUAUAUAUGUAUAUAAAAACGCACGUAAAAAUACAUGUUUUUUUUUUUAUCAAAAAACGAGAUGUUCUUAAUAGACGUGGAGAGAAAAUAAAAUACGUGAAACAGGAGGUUGGACUUCAAUGGGGCAACGAAUAAUAGAAUUUGUUCUACCAAAAACAAAUGCUGAAAGUUUGAACCCUGCCUUCAGAGAAUUUCACAAUCAAUUGAACUUUCCUUUAAGUUUCGAGCUAUUACUGGGAAUGACAGGUCUGUUAAAAAAGAUAAACUUGAUCUCGUAUUGAACUAAGGGAAACGUAAACUUGAUCCGUGUUCAAGUUUAAUCGAAAAUUCUGUAGCGACAAUAUUGGAAUUAUUAUUUUUCGAUAUUUUUCUUCUUUACUUUUUGUCAAUCAUCAAAAAUAAUACCAUAAUUGUUAAUAUUGUGGAAAACGAUCGCGCGAAUGUUAAUUAUUAAAAUUAAUAUUAAUGAUAUUGAUAUAAUAAUCGUUAAAGAACGAAACGAAAUAGAGAGCAAAUAUGAAAAGUAAAUGCACGACGAGAUUUAUCAACAUUUAUUUCUCUCUUUUGUUUUCGUUUUAUUAUUCGUGUCAAUAAUAUUCGUGUAAUUUAUUAAUACACAGACUAUUGCGUGACGUAUUUUCGUGUAAAUUUAGAUAUCACUGAGAUAUUAUAUAAGCUCAUUUGUAAAACAAAUAUCGGAACGUUUUACGUUUGAGAGCUUCGUUCAAUAAAUUAUACAUCGUGAUAGGAAAGGAAACGAUGUUGCGUUAAUGAUGGACACUCGACAACGAAUGAUCAUUACGACUUGCAUAUAUAUAUAUAUAUAUAUGUAUGCAAGUAAGAUGUACACCGAUGUUCAAAUAUAUUCGCAAGUAAUAUAAUUAUUCGUAAAUAAGUAUAACAAUAAUAUUAAUGUUAAGGCCAUUAUUAUUUAUAUAGCGUUCAAAUGUAUAUGAAAUUUGUAAAUACGUCAUCGAGAAAAGUUGAUAAUUGUUUCUUCUCGUAUGAUUUUUUUUGUAUGAGAAACAGAGGACCGAUGGAUUUUUAGCUAUUGAGCCCGGCUGAAAAUCUA